ACCGCUACACCAUUACCGUCAGGCGUAUCCCCUCCGCCCGAAGUAAUUAACCAUGAUAAUCAAUCAGGAGUUAUAGCAAUCAUCACCGGCUUCUCCCUAGGUUUGGUCUUGUUGGCUGCGUGCAUGAAGCUGUUCGCGCGAAAGUACUUCCGAAACUUUCGGCACGAUGAUGUUACGUUCGCACUGGCAAUAGUGUUCGCAGUCGUACAAAGCUCUGUAGUCUGUUUCCAAAUCCACGUUGGCCUCGGUGUCACAUUUGCAAACCUCACCUGGGAUCAGAAGAUGACGAUUCGAAAGGCUGGGCUAGCAGCAGACCUGUUCUACAUUGUCAUCCUCUUCCUCUCCAAGGCCUGCUGCUCACUCUUCUUCCUCUGGCUCGCACCGGACCAGCUACACAAGACCGUUGCGUGGCUCUUGGUCGGCGCAUCUGCGGUAUGGGUUGUCACGAGCCUAUUCGUAGAAGGGUUCCGAUGCCCCCUGGGAGACGAAUGGCCGCUGUACUGGCAACAAUGCACAGCCUUUUUCGCUCGAUGGGCGUAUAUUGGCGUGUUAGACAUGGCCAUUGAACUCGCGCUCUUCGCGGCGUCUUUCCAUCUUAUCUGGAACAGGCAUAUUCGUCUCUCUUCACGCCUCGCUAUUAUAGGCGCAUUUGCUUGCAGACUGCCUAACGUAGUACUCACCAUUCUACGUCUGGUAUUCCUUAACAUAACACUCACCCCGGAGAACUCUGCAUACUGGAAAUCCCGCGUCGCAUGCACAACGCAGAUGGCCAUCGGAUGGUCUAUCUUCUCCUGCGUCAUCCCAUAUCUUCGCCCUCUGGUC